UUCGUUUUUGGAGGUUCUAUGGCAGCAGCGGCAGCCACAGAUGCCACCAAUGCGCCGCCGCAGCGAGGCAUCCUAUUCCUGGACAGCGAUGGAGUCGUCAGUGUUCCGGGCCGACCGUCGCUUCAGUGCCCGAGCCGCGUUGCAGUGACAUAUGUCAAUGCAGGGGCAGUUGCUGCCAUAUGGAGAGGCGCAGAAGGCCAAGCAGAUGCCCAAGGAGAUGCCCAAGGAGAUGUCGGCCUGUCGGCAAUAGCAUUCAAGGUGUUCACGGGCGGCAGCAGGGAGAGGGAGGCCAAGCGAGAGGUGACGCGCUACAAUGAGAUCCGGGGCAAGGUCGACAGCAGGUAUGGCGGCGAUUGGUCGGGCGUGCCGUUCCUGCGGUCGUUUUGCACCAAGGUGCUGCACGGACGAUUGGAGGUCAAUGGCGCCAGCCAGGAGUGCUGCAUCGUGGCGAUGGAAUAUCUCGGUAAGCAGACCAAGCCAGACGCCAGAGCAUGCAUCCAUCUGUGUGUGUGCAACUUGCCAUGCAUUUAUCAAAGCAGACGAAUCAUUCUACCCCAUCGAGAAGCAUCAUUACGUCUUCAACCUGCCCCAAAUCACCGGCGGGCUGUCGGACCUGCGGACGCCCCAGGAGCGCAUCGCCGCGUAUCGCGGGUGUACUCACAUCGUGGCCGCCCAGCUUCUCAGUGUCGACGCCUAUGCGGAGGCCAUCAAGAUGGGGUACGGCCCGUGUGACCAGGCCAGUACCCAUCAGAGCUACAGCAAGGCCACCCUCGACCGCAUCGUCUACAACAGGCCCAGAGCCGAGCCUGGGGCCCGCUCUGUGGCCGUCUUCCUCGACGUCGGCAAUGUGCUUCGGAUCGCAUCUGGCGGCACCGCCAACCACUCGGCAUCAUCCAGCGCCUCGGCCCGCACCCCUCCCCCCUCACUAGACGGCCGCAAGCCUGUCUUUGUGCCCCGCAGCCCCACCGGUGCCCAUGACAACACACCAGCUGGCAAGGCGUUCGAGGAGUCUCCGGAGGUCUCCGUCCUUGGCGCCACCCUGGGCACCCUGAAGAGGGUGCUCGAGGAGGCGGGCGGCAGCGCGGAGGCCGUCCAGCAGCUGGCGGACAGGCACAACGGGUUGAAGGCAACACUCAUCCACGCGGAUGACGGGCAGGGCGUGUGGCUGGAGGCCGAGGCCAUUGCAGUGUUCAACAUCGCAGUAUCGAUCCUCGAGGUGCUGCUCGAUUCUGAGUCGCCGUGGCAGUGGUGGAAGCGACAGCUCAAGGAGAAGGACGAGGCACUGCAGACGCUGGGCCUGCCAGACGGACUGCGGCCGGAUGGCAAGGCAGGCCUGUCGGAGGACCAACGACGCCUCUUCCUCUCCAAGUACAUGUUGCUGCGGUGGGAUGAGGCGCUGAACACGAUGUGCGACGCCCAGGGCCGCCCACGCAAGGAGCUUGGGGGUGAGGCGGUGCUGACGGUCGAGGACUGCGAGUGUGGGAAGGGGUGGGAAUGGCUGCCGCUGAUGGAGCGCCGGCUGGCCAGCCUGGCUCGCAGGGGGCUCAGCGAGUCGUGGCGGGCACGGGGCACACUGAGCGACAUGAGGCAGGGGCUGCAGGAACUGCUCGAGCUGCUGCGACACAACAGCGUGGAUGUCGCUGUUUUCCUGGCCACGCCGUGGGUCUUGCCUCAGGAAUUCCCCGGCUUCGCCGAGCCACCUGAUGCUUCUCAGGUACAUAACACUUCACACACAGAGGCACACAACAGACGUCAUGCAUGUGUGUGUGUGUGUGUGUGUGUCGAUGCGCUUACGUGUCUGCAGGAAUCCGCUGCCCCGCUCGCCCCCUCUGCACCCGCCGCUGCUCAUGCUCCUAGUGGUGGUGGUUGCUGGGAUGACUCGAUGCUCGCUCCGCCAGCAGUUGACGACGCCGUGCCCUCACACGCGCACAUGCCCACGGUACCUUGCAGACAAACCAGCAACACACACAUGGCAGGAGACAUGUGACACUUCCCGCUAUGUUGGUCAUGCAGAUGUCAUUUCCGUUUCCCAUCACCAACGGUGCGGCAGAGGCUGACCAGCAGCAGGUGGACAUUCCCAGAGACAGACAAAGGAGAGGGGACUUGACACACACACAUCUAUCUGCCCUUUCCACACGCAGGUGGCCUCGCCAUGGGCCUUCCCGAGCCAUCGCCUGGACGCCGCCAGCGAGGCAUCAGCGGCUGUGGGGGCGGGGCAGCUCAGUGGUGGUGUUGGUGUUGGCGACCAGCACUGGCUGGCGGGCGACAUGUAUGGGGUGGAGUGGGGGCCUUCCAGCUUUGGUGUCGGUGCUGAUGAUGGCGACGUUGCUGCACCGCCGUGUGCUCAAGCGGCCCCGGUACAUACCAAAAUACCGAACGAAAGAACAAGAAUGUUCGGACCAAUGCCUUCGCUCCCCUUGUAUGUGUGAUGGUCAAUUGCAGAUGUUGGCGUUUCCAGGAGCACCCGUAGCUGACGGUGCAUCGUUCUCUGCCGACGGGCAGGAGGUACACAGCAUACACAUCAGAGGCACGGGGCAAUAGACAGCCGAUGAUCCACACGCACAUCUGUCUGUGUGUCCGUCUGUCAAUGUGCAGGCAGUGGAGGGUUCUCCUGCAGCCCCCAUCAUGUCGCCCAUUGACGCGACAUUCUCCGACAUGGCACCCCCAUUGGCGCCAUCGGCUGCCGUGGGCAAUCGGUCGUCGCCCCUCCCGUCGAAUGCCCAUCCCAUGCACCUCCUCCCGGCCCACGAAGCCCCUCUUCCCUCAUCCGGCGAGCCAGCGGCAGCUGCUGCUUCAGUGCGAGGCCACCCAGCCCUCGGCGGCGAGACGAGAGGAAUGGUGGACUCAGAGACGUCCCGAGAGGGAGGGUCCCCGGAUGCGACGCAGGGACGGCCUCAUGAGAGGGAGCGUAUCAAGGCGGUGACGAAGCGUUUGCUGACACAAAUGGUGAAGAAGGAUCCGAUGCGUUUCCUACAGAAGGUAUUGAUGUCUACAUGUGUUCAGUGCUAGCAAGCAUCAAGAGGUGUCGGUUCUCUGUAUGUAUGUCGGUCAGGUCGCUGGUGGUUCUGCUGAGGCGGCAGCGGCUCCCCGUGGGUCGCUGUUCGACGGCAUAGCUAUGCCAAGUGCUCCGGCGGUGCGCACAGCCGAUAAGAGACACAACACGACCUAGCAGCAGCAUGAUGACAUCUGCGUGUCCUUGGCACUGUCAGGUCGGUUCCUUGUCUGUCAUCUCUGCUGCAUCGCCCCCUUUCGCUGGCCAUGGCACGUCAAUGCUGCCGAUGGUCCAUCCCCCUGGCCCUCCUGCCGCCACGAUGGCGUCCCACCGCCCCUCAUCACUCUAUGGCGGCCCCCGUCAAGUCAACGGUGGCGGUGCUGCGGCUCCACACGUGCACUAUCCGCCCCCUUCCCGGCCGCCUGCAGCUCCAUUCGGACCAUCGCCGCCAAACCAUCCCCCGCCACCCCCCAUGCUACAUUCUCCUCCGGCUGGCGUUGCCUGCAGACCCCCGCUGCAUCCCCAGCGGCCCGGGGGGGUCCCACCAGGACACCCACCGCAGCCGCACGGGAGAGGGACAGGCCGAUAGACAGACAGACAGGUGUGUACAUUACGUAUUGCAGUCAGGUGUGCGGGCGGCUGACAGGUCAGGCAGCGGGCCGGGCCGGGAGUAGACGUGUGGGCCGGGAGGGAUGUAGCGGAAGGACACCAACGGGCUGACAGUCUGAGUGUCUGAGUGUCUGAGUGUCGGUGUGCAUAGGGGAGGGAGGGAACUGACAGAUCUGAUGGAUGCUGCAGACUGGCAGUGCUGAACAACGGUGCACAGAGUCU